AAUAAAUCAUACUGCUUUCACAAAGAAUUCCACAAUUUUCUGGCUCACAAUUUGAUCAAGCUAUCAUCUUCUUGCUUAUCUAUAUUCUGCAACAGAUGUCUGCUUUCUAUAUUCUCUUCUGUUCCAUCAUAUAUAUUAUUGCCCCAAUUAAAAGUUUUUAUUCUCUUCAGCAGUGGAAUCGAAUUUAUCAAUUACCCUCUACUUCUGUGGUUGAAUUUAUAUCUUCUUUAAUAUAUAUUUCUGCAAAAAAACUUGUUUCCAUUUCAAGCCCUCUAUUUCUGAGUUCAGCCCAUGGUUGAUUUUCUGCUUAUAUGUUCAAAUAGGUUAUUGAAUAUUUUUUCAGAGGGAUCUACUGCUUGUAUAUGUUCUUGAUUUAGAUUUGAUUUGGAUCCAGUCAAAGGGGACUCCGCAGAAAUUUCGAUAAAGUCCUUUCACUAAUGAAAUUUGUCUUCAAAGUUCAUCCCACUUCAAUUUUGAAUCCCGGACCUGCAGUCAAGCCCUCAUACUUUUGAAUAAUAUUUCUUGUGUGUUUAGCUUCAAAUUGUUCUUAUUUCAAGUAAUCAAAGAAAACAUGGAUGAUGGGGAGGUGGUUACUUCAGACCAUGCUUUGCUUCCAAAUCCCAAUUCCUCUAGCACUUUUCAUGGUUCAACUUAUGAAGAUACAUUUUUCGAUGAAUUUUUGAAGACCGCGCGGACGUGCACUCACACUCAUACUUGCAACCCACCUGGCCCUGAUGCUGCACAUACACACACUUGCUACCACACACACACCCAAAUUCUUUCAUCGGAAGAUGAUGAUGGUACCAAGAAUAAAGAUCAUUCCAUCCCGAGACCACGAAGGAGAAGGCCUUCGGGAAAUAGAGAAGCAGUUCGGAAGUACAGGGAGAAAAAGAAGGCACAUACAGCUUAUUUGGAAGAGGAAGUCAAGAAAUUGCAGGUGUUGAACCAGCAACUUGUUAGGAAAUUACAGGGGCAGGCAAUUCUUGAAGCAGAGCGUUUAAGGCUGAGAGGCCUUUUGCUGGAAUUUAGAGGAAAGAUUGAUACUGAGUUGGGUGUUUUCCCCUUCGGAAAUCAAUGUAACAGUAAUACUUAUUUCGAGGACAGCCAGUGUAAUCUGCAGUCUAGUGUUGGGGCAAUGGGACUUCGUUGUCAAACCGAUUUACGAUGCUUCUGUCCGCCUGUUGGGUCAUCCGUUCAGGCUAGUAUCGGUGCAAGGGGGGAAACAACGGUGCCAUCAGGAGGAAAUUGUCAGCCUGCAGUAAUUGAUUGCCGAGCAAACACAAAUGAGGCGUCAACACAAGCUAAGUAACUUAGUGAAGCAACUAUAGUAUUAGCAUGUUAGUUUCUUGUAUAUACCAGGGUAAUUAUCCGUAUACUAGUCCUAGAUAUUUUUAUAGGUCUAUAGGGGCAUGUUUACUAUUUAAGAAAGAGAAUAAAAGGUAUGGUUAUCAUUCCCAUUCCCGAAAACGCUAGGAAUGAAAAGAAAAAUGGGCCUCGUGUUGUAAAUAUGUGUUGAUUCCCGAUUUCAGCAAGGUAUUAUCAACAA